AUGAGUAAAUGGUGUUACGAGGCUUUGGAUAAGUGCUUGAGAGACAUUUUGAGGUUCACCCCAGGAUAUGACUCCAGCUUGCUGUUCGGAGGAAAAGUUGUGGUUCUGAGCGGUGAUUUCAGGCAAAUCUUACCUAUAAUUCCAAGGGCAUCCAGGAAAGAUGUCAUCAGUGCAACAAUAAAUUCAUCCUAUCUAUGGCCUUUUUGUGAAGUUCUUUGUUUGACAAAGAACAUGAGACUCCUGCAAGGAUCUUCGUGCUCAAGUGCAUCAGAUAUAGCAGAAUUUUCAGAAUGGCUGUUGACUAUAGGUGAUGGUAAGGUCGGACAGCCAGUUAACGGCGAAUCAGAAAUUCAAAUACCAGAUGAAAUCCUUAUAAAAAACUCAGAAACCGGUUUUGAAGACUUGGUCAAUUAUACCUACCCUGAUUUGUUGCGUAACAUGUCUAACUCUGAAUACUUCAGGGAAAGAUCCAUUUUGGCCCCCACGAUUGAACUGGUUGGAAAGGUCAAUGAUUACAUGAUGUCUCGGGUCUCGGCAGAAGAAAGGGAAUACUUGAGCUCUGAUUCAAUAUACAAAGAAGACGGCAAUGUUGAGAGUGAGCUGGAUGCAUUUUCCCCCGAGGUAUUGAAUGCGAUGAACUGUUCAGGACUGCCACCGCAUAAGUUGAGUUUGAAAAUUGGAGUCCCAGUAAUAUUAAUGAGAAAUAUCGACCGGUCCAACGGAUUGUGUAAUGGAACAAGAUUGACGGUGAAGAGAUUUGGAGACCAUGUCAUUCAGUGCACCGUUCUAACUAGGACUAAAGCUGGAUCUACUGUACUGAUUCCUAGGAUGACCAUGAAUACAAAUAACACAAAUCUACCGUUCCAAUUUCAGAGACGGCAGUUGCCUAUAUGUGUCUGCUUCGGUAUGACGAUAAACAAAGCGCAGGGACAAACACUAGGGUGUGUUGGGUUAUAUCUUCCAAGACCGGUUUUUAGCCACGGACAAUUAUAUGUGGCGCUAUCAAGAGUCAAAAGCAAACAAGGGCUAAGGAUCCUCAUAGAAAACCACGACGAUCUCCCUUCUAAUACAACAAUUAAUGCUGUGUAUGAAGAAGUGUUUGACAAUAUAACUCCAUAA